GUAGUGAGUCAGCUCGCCGUGCGCAAACGGGAGCGUCGCGGGGCUCUGUGCUGUGUGGGCUGCGGACCGCGUACGACCUCCUCCGCCUGCGGGACCUCGACGCGCGCGGGAAUCACAGCACGGCAGCCAGAGCGCCGGCUAAUGAGGAAAAGCGGGAUAGUCUGACGGGUACCCCCCCCCCCGCCCCGGUUGGGUUAUUUCCCAACAACCCCCUCCUCCUCCUCCUCAUUACUGACCAUCUCGGAGCACGGGUGCAGAGAGCGGCAGCGAUGCGGCGGGCGUGCUGUUAACUCGCCGGAGUCCCUUUCCCUCUCUUAUUUUUGUCGGGUUUAUUGUUUAUUUUUUUAAAAUUAUUUUUACCCCGAGAAGGAGACACAAUAAAUCCACAAUGAAGCUCAAGCCCAACCAGACCAGGACAUACGACGGCGAGGGCUUCAAGAAGCGAGCGGCGUGCCUGUGCUUCAAGAACGAACGCGAGGAAGAGGUUCUGCUGGUCAGCAGCAGUCGGCACCCGGAGCAGUGGAUCGUGCCCGGAGGGGGGAUGGAGCCCGAGGAGGAGCCGUGUGGCGCCGCAGUGCGAGAGGUGUUUGAGGAGGCCGGCGUGAAGGGCAAGCUAGGGCGCCUGCUCGGCGUGUUCGAGCAAAACCAAGACCGGAAGCACCGGACGUACGUGUACGUGUUGACCGUCACAGAAACCCUGGAGGCCUGGGAGGACUCCGUCAACAUCGGUCGUAAGAGGGAGUGGUUCACCGUGGACGAGGCCAUCAAAGUGCUGCAGAGCCACAAACCCGUCCACGCCGAGUACCUGCGGAGGCUGCAGCUCAGCUGCUCGCCGACCAACGGAAACUCCAUCCUCCCGGGCCCGCCGCCCAACGACAACUACCCCCAUUACAGCGCCACCGCGACCUCGCCCUCGACGGGUAACGUGUUGGGCCCCUCCUGCAGAUAGGACUGCACCUUUUCUUUUUCUUUUUUAACUUUUUCUUUUUUUUUUAAGCCGCGUGGGCUGUCCAGCUGGGACGGUUGCACUGAAAGUCUGUACAGUCUUGCAUGAAUCUAAUGACUUUUACAGAGCUGCGGCUCUCCUGUAUGUAUCAUUGCUAGUCUUAGCUACAGGAGAGACCUCAGGCCACCAACAGAACUGUGUUGAGGACUCGAGGGACAGGGCAGGGGAAGUCUCUGACGUAAAGACUGUGAAUAUCUCAAGAACACUUUUCUCUUUUUGCUGGAAAAUACUAGAGCUUGAGGGGGGGGGGGGGAGUGAAGCUGCACAGUCGGCCGACGUGAAUGACCUGGUGAAGGAAUGCCUUACAGAAUGUGGGUUUUUUUUUCUUCUUUUUUUGUGGUUUUAUCUCACUAAUGGUCACGUUUUUUAAUUUUAUUUUUAGCAGAUUGGAAGUGCUUUCAAGUCAAUAAAAGAGUAAUUGACACCAAAGCACAUCCAUGCGAGGAAUGUUUCCAGACUUAAUAAUGUCUAUCAUCAGGAUGAUCAUACGUCACGUCACACUUCACCGGAGCAUUACUAUGUUUAAAAUGUGUCCUCUAUCUGGGAUUUUCCUUACACAAUGUAAUCUACGUUUCCCCUACUAAGUGAAUUUGUCUAUAAUGAAAAGCAUCAACAAAAGAUAUCCUACAACAGAUCAAAAGGGAAAGUGUCGUGCCACAAAUGCCUUGUGGUCGUAAAUGUCAAGGGUCAAAGGUCAAAGACUGCUUUCCUCAGAGAAAGUAACACUGUCAGCGAGUAGAUACCUCAGUAACCACGGGAGGCGUGCUGUUCGAUAUCCUUUGACACGACGCAGGGUGCGGCCAUAGAGGGAAACUGCAGCCAGAGGCACUAACCUCGACUGAUGACCCCGACUGUUGAAAGCCACAUACCUUUAUGUUUAUGUUACGGUUUCUCGUCACGUCUUCACUAAGUGAAAGUGUUUCAUGGUGUAAAUCCUUUUCUUCAGAGUUAUGAGGCGCCGCUACGGGGUCCUGUUGAGUUUAUCUCGACUUUGGAUAUGAAAUAAGAAGAUUUUGAUGAUUUUAUUAGAAGUUAGCAGUUUUUAUCAUGUCUCAUCAUUAUUAUGAUUCUGGAUUAACUUUAGAUUUUUUUUUUUUUUUUAGUUAACCCUUUAAUGGUUGGAAUUAUUAGAAAUUGUUUAAAAAAAGACCCAUUAUAGCUUAUACUUUAGUUUUAAUACUAGAUCAUGAUCCUUUGGUUACUGCCUAAACAAGUGGAAUUCUUGGUGCAUCGUGGGGUCUGAGACGCAUCCUUUGUAACGCCAGUGUUUCUCUGUCAUCCCAGUCUUCUUCUCUCCAUGUAUCCCGUCGGCUUCUCCACUAAAAAAAAAGGCAAACAUUUUUAAGAGCAAAAACGGUCCCUAGGAUAUAUAUAUAAAAAUAUUCUACAUCAAUGACAUCUAUGUGUUAAAUAUAUCAAGACAGAAAUCCAAAGAAUAAGAGGCUCAAAUCGGAAGCGUUUUCUCUUAAGAGGCACCUACUCACUCCUGUGUUGACGGCUGAAUGACGACUCAAAACUAUACAGAGAUUUGUAAAUAGCUUUGAAAAGAAACACUUAACAUGUUUUUAACCUGAAUGUACCUGUACUAUUUCUCUUAAAAUUUUAUAUAUUUUCUAACAAUGUAUAAAUGGCAGGAUAAAACCAACGUGUUGAAAACCCAGCGAGGAAAGUAUGUACAGUAUAUUUGUGUCGAUGACCAUGUGCCACGGUUUUAGGAUAUAAUGGUUGGUGUGAAAUUGAGUGGUUGAAAUAAUGCAUUUUAAAAUUCUGAUCUAACGAAAUCCAUCUAUCAGUUUAGAAGUUAACUUUUAGACCGGGAAAAAAAAUAAUCAGCGACAGUUAAAUGUUGUUUUUUUUUCUUUUCUUUUUUUUUUUUUCUUUUUUACAAAAUGUACAUAGCAUCUUGGUAUUCAAACAAUUGAGGUAGAAUAGUACUGAUCAGGGGAAUGUUGUGAAAGCUUUGGUAAGACAUUGAAAAAGUGUUUCCAUAUACAUACCUUUGACAGACUUUUUUUUAAUGGUUUAUUCAGCUGCAAUGAUCACAUGCUGUUUAACAUAGUUUUAUUCAGUUCAAUGCACCAAUUCAGUUAUCCUUAAAGUUUGUUCAAUCGGUUGAACUCCAACCACCUCAAGCCUUUGUGUGCGUGUGUUUGUGUGUGCGUUCGUGACAAAAGUGAAGUACAAUGUGCCAAAUUGCAAAACGUAUUAGUGUUCAGGUGGGAAGAUUUGUGAUGUUAUUUAAACCUUCAUCAUUUAUGGCCAACUGAUUUUGGGAAAAAAAAAGAAGAUCUAAACAUUUUUUAAAUUAAGACAAAAGUGCCACUGGCACCCCCCCUCCCAUGCUUUUAAAAAAAAAUAAUACCACUCAUCACAUAACAGAGCAUGCAAGAUUUUACUACAAUCCGGAUGACAUCAAUUAAACAUAAACCCAUUCAGCUUGAUGUUUUUCAGCUGAAACGCGUCUUUCCUCCACUUCCUGGAGCCUCCGUUUGUAAAUGCUGAUCUGUGAACGCACCUUUUAGGAAGCGUAAGGCAGAGGAUGACAGCCCGACGAGUAACAUGUAUGUGCUCAUGUACAAAAGCUGCAGGAUGACCUGGGCACACGAGUCCACCGCUUGAUUGUCUGCUCAACACAUUGUAAUGUCACAUGGAUGUAUCCAGAGAUUUGCUUUGUCAUGGAUACUAUGCACAGAAAAGGUUUAUGGUGAAAGUGAUUUGAUGACGUAGACUGGGGAGAUUGUUUUUGAGAUUGCAUUAAAGUGGGAAAAUCA